AUCAUUUUACCUUAUCCGUUGCAAACUCAAAAGAGCGAAAACAGGACAGCCAGCACAAAGAAGGUGCCAAUUGCCAAAACAUGCUUGGCUCAGUCCGCCAUUCCUCCAUCUCCAUCCUGCUUUAUCCGUCGCCCCUCAAACCAGGAUGUUGUAGUUCAAGGAAGUUGAAUGUAAGAACUCAGCCAUGGACAAACAGUGCUGGGAAGUCGGUAAAGCUGAGAACUGUGGUUGUUGGGUGUAAGAUUAAGAAUCAAGAAAUGGGUUUUCAAGCUAGUGAACGGCUUUAUCUUGGGAUGGAUUUUGGUACAUCAGGUGCUAGAUAUGCUUUGAUUGACAAGCAAGGGACAAUUCAUGCUGAAGGAAAGAGAGAGUACCCUCAGUACUUGAAGGAAGAUUCAAUGGAUUGGGGACGGUCAUGGAAAACAACCCUUUUCUCGCUGCUUGAAGAUGUUCCCGUUCAUCUCUGUCCUCUAGUUGCUUCCAUUUCGCUCGAUGGGACUUCUGCAACUACGCUUAUUAUCGACAGUAAUACAGGAGAACUAGUAGCCAGACCUUACCUCUACAACGAGAGUUGUCCUGAUGCUUUACCAUUGGUAAAGUCCAUUGCUCCUAUAAACCAUACGGUCUGCUCUGGUUCCUCUACUCUUUGCAAGCUUGUUUCAUGGUGGAACAACGACAAUUCAGACAAGAAAUCCACAAUGUUAUUGCACCAAGCUGAUUGGUUGCUGUGGCUUCUUCAUGGGCAGCUCGGAGUAUCUGAUUACAACAAUGCUUUGAAGGUUGGUUAUGAUCCUGAAAUUGACUCCUAUCCAGACUGGCUGUUAUCUCAGCCUUAUGCACGACUUUUACCUACGGUCAAGGCGCCUGGAACUUCAAUUGGCCAUUUGAAAGGCAAUAUUAGAACACAAUUUGGUUUUUCAGAAGAUUGUGUUGUAUGUACUGGGACCACCGAUAGCAUAGCAGCCUUUCUUGCAGCACGAGCAACAAAACCUGGGAAAGCGGUUACCUCUUUGGGUUCGACCCUUGCAAUUAAACUACUAAGUACAACUAGGAUAGAGGAUGCGAGAUACGGAGUGUACAGUCAUCGCCUCGAUGAUAAGUGGCUCGUCGGAGGAGCUUCGAAUACUGGUGGAGCAGUUCUAAAGGAAAUUUUCACUGAUGAGCAGUUGGACAAACUGAGUGAACAUAUCAAUCCCAUGAAGGCCUCUCCCUUGGACUACUAUCCCCUAAGAUCAGUUGGGGAGAGAUUUCCAGUGGCAGAUCCAAAUAUGGAGCCUAGGUUACAUCCACGCCCCGAAAGCGAUGUGGAGUACUUGCAUGGUAUUUUGGAAUCAAUUGCCCGUAUAGAGGCAAAGGCAUACAUCUUGUUGAAGGAUCUAGGAGCGACCCAAGUCGAUGAAGUGUUCACUGCCGGAGGCGGUUCGAAAAACGACAAAUGGACAAAGAUUCGAGAGAGGGUACUCGGUUUACCGGUGAGCCGAGCAACUCAAACCGAGGCUGCCUAUGCUGCGUUGUUGGCUCUGAAGGGUGCCCAAUAGAUAUAAUUUGGCUAG